GCCGCUGCGGCUCGGGAGCUGUGCUUCCUCCGGCGUCUCGGCUCCCGGCCGCGCCGCAGCUGCCGAUAGUUUAACCCUUCGCGUCCAGCUCGGCUCCUCCGCGCCUCCCGUGGGCGCGCCCGCCGAGAAAGGCCGCCGCCGCCGAUACCUUCUCUGCUGCGAGAAUGUAAGAUGGAUCCAGAAGAGCAGGAGCUAUUGAAUGAUUACAGAUACAGAAAUUACUCUUCUGUGAUUGAAAAGGCUUUAAGAAAUUUUGAGUCCUCCAGCGAAUGGGCGGAUCUCAUAUCCUCACUGGGCAAGCUCAACAAGGCUCUCCAGAGUAACCUGAGGUAUCCCUUGCUGCCAAGACGGCUCAUUAUCAGCAAGAGAUUAGCUCAGUGCCUGCAUCCUGCUUUGCCCAGCGGUGUGCACUUAAAAGCCCUGGAAACCUAUGAAAUUAUCUUUAAAAUUGUGCGGACCAAAUGGCUGGCCAAGGAUUUGUUCCUAUACAGCUGUGGGUUGUUCCCUCUUCUGGCACAUGCAGCCAUGUCGGUGAAGCCCGUGCUGCUUGGCCUGUACGAGAAGUACUUUCUCCCGCUGCAGAAGCUGCUCCUGCCGAGCCUCCAGGCCUUCAUCAUCGGCCUGCUGCCCGGCCUGGAGGAGGGCUCGGAGAUCUACGACAGGUGGGUCUCAUCCAGAGCUGGCGGCUGUGCCCAUCCACGUGGGCCGCCCAUGCGGUUUGUAUUUUAUUUCACUGCUGUAUAAGAAACAGGGACAGUGGGAACUCCCUGGUGGCGCGCUGGUUAAGAAUCUGCCUGCCAAUGCGGGGGACACGGGUUCGAACCCUGGUCUGGGAAGAUCCCACAUGCCGCGGAGCAGCUAAGCCCGUGCGCCACGACUACUGAGCCCGCGAGCCACAACUACUGAGCCCGCGUGCCACAACUACUGAAGCCCGCGCGCCUAGAGCCGUGCUCCGCAACAAGAGAAGCCACCGCAACGAGAAGCCCGUGCCCCACAAUGAAGAGUAGCCCCCGCUCACCACAACUGGAGAAAAGCCUGCACGCAGCAACGAAGACCCAACGCAGCCAAAAAUAAAUCAAUCAAUAAAAAUUUUUUUUUAAAAAGAAACGGGGACAGAAGUGCAGAGACCC